UGCCGAGCCACCUCCCCCGCCGCCCGCUAGCAAGUUUGGCGGCUCCAAGCCAGGCGCGCCUCAGGAUCCAGGCUCAUUUGUUUCCACCUAGCUUCGGUGCGCCCUGCUAGGCGGGGACCCUCGGGAGCGAUGCCGAUGGAUGUGAUUUUAGUUGUGUGGUUCUGUGUGUGCACUGCCAGGACAGUGGUGGGCUUUGGGAUGGACCCUGACCUUCAGAUGGAUAUCAUCACCGAGCUUGACCUUGUGAACACCACCCUUGGAGUUGCUCAGGUGUCUGGAAUGCACAAUGCCAGCAAAGCAUUUUUAUUUCAAGACAUAGAAAGAGAGAUCCAUGCAGCUCCUCAUGUGAGUGAGAAAUUAAUUCAGCUGUUCCGGAACAAGAGUGAAUUCACCUUUUUGGCCACUGUACAGCAGAAGCCAUCCACUUCAGGAGUGAUGCUGUCCAUUCGAGGACUGGAGCACAGCUAUUUUGAACUGGAGAGCAGCGGCCUGAGGGAUGAGAUUCGGUAUCACUACGUACACAAUGGGAAGCCAAGGACAGAGGCACUUCCUUACCGGAUGGCAGAUGGACAAUGGCACAAGGUUGCACUGUCAGUUAGCGCCUCUCACCUCCUGCUCCAUGUCGACUGUAACAGGAUUUAUGAGCGUGUGAUAGACCCUCCAGAUACCAACCUUCCCCCAGGAACCAAUUUAUGGCUUGGCCAGCGCAACCAAAAGCAUGGCUUAUUCAAAGGGAUCAUCAAAGAUGGGAAGAUCAUCUUUAUGCCGAAUGGAUAUAUAACACAGUGUCCAAAUCUAAAUCGCACUUGCCCAACCUGCAGUGAUUUCUUAAGCCUGGUGCAAGGAAUAAUGGAUUUACAAGAGCUUUUGGCCAAGAUGACUGCAAAACUAAAUUAUGCAGAGACAAGACUUAGUCAAUUGGAAAACUGUCAUUGUGAGAAGACUUGUCAAGUGAGUGGACUGCUCUAUCGAGAUCAAGACUCUUGGGUAGAUGGUGACCAUUGCAGGAACUGCACUUGCAAAAGUGGUGCUGUGGAAUGCCGAAGGAUGUCCUGUCCCCCUCUCAGCUGCUCCCCAGACUCCCUCCCAGUGCACGUUGCUGGCCAGUGCUGUAAGGUCUGCCGACCAAAAUGUAUCUAUGGAGGAAAAGUCCUCGCAGAAGGCCAGCGGAUUUUAACCAAGAGCUGUCGGGAAUGCCGAGGUGGAGUUUUAGUAAAAAUUACAGAAAUGUGUCCUCCUUUGAACUGCUCAGAAAAGGAUCACAUUCUUCCUGAGAAUCAGUGCUGCCGUGUCUGUAGAGGUCAUAACUUUUGUGCAGAAGGACCUAAAUGUGGUGAAAACUCAGAGUGCAAAAACUGGAAUACAAAAGCUACUUGUGAGUGCAAGAGUGGUUACAUUUCUGUCCAGGGAGACUCUGCCUACUGUGAAGAUAUUGAUGAGUGUGCAGCUAAGAUGCAUUACUGUCAUGCCAAUACCGUGUGUGUCAACCUUCCUGGGUUAUAUCGCUGUGACUGUGUCCCAGGAUACAUUCGUGUGGAUGACUUCUCUUGUACAGGUGAGCUUUAA